AAAGUUGAGAUUUAGGAUAAAUUGGAGGUGAAAUGACGAAAAUACCCUCUUUUAUUUUCCUUCCUCUUUUCUUCUUUUUCCUUUUCUUCAACCCGAAGACAGAAGGCCGUUCAAAAGAAAAACGUAAACUCGCAUUUGAACUCUCCCGCGUCUGCAGUUACCCUCUUCAACUCUCUCCCGCCUCCGGUGAACGUUUUUCUCUUCCGUCCAUUUCUUCUCCACUUCCAUCCAUUUCUUCUUCACGACUCUCCGCUAUAUUUUCCGAUUUCAACUUGUUCACCGAACGUCUCCAUUUCUUCUGCACGGGUCUCCAUUUCGACUUCAUCUCCGGCGGACGCUUCUCCACUUCCAUCCAUUUCGAUUUCAGGUUUGUUUUCACCGGACCUCUCCAUUUCUUAUCCACUCCUCUACAUUGGCAGUGCCGUAUCCAUCAUCUUUGAAGUCAAGUCUCAGUAUGGCUUCGACAUCAACUAACGGUCCCAUGUACAAGAUUGACCCUGCUCAUCAUUUUCAGUCUAUAGUAAGUAGUUUAGCACAUUUAGAAAACAGUACACGUACAAUAAAGGCUAAAUUGAAACCGGAUCAAUUAACCUUAUUUAGAAAUACAAAGUUCGGCCACUUUUUGGAUCUGAAUAUAAUCUUUAAUGGGCCGCUCAUCCACUACUUAUUGUUAAGAGAGGUGGAAGAUGAAAGGGUUGAUCACAUAAGUUUCAAGAUAGGAGAAGUCGUGUGCAGUUUUGGAAGGAGAGAAUUUAAUAUGAUGACGGGUCUAUGGAGUUCUCAACCAGAGCCUAUUGAUUUGGUUGGGAAUAGUAGGUUGUUGGAGAAGUUCUUCGAACAAAAAAAGUGUAUUUAUAUAAGUGACUUAGAGGACACAUUUGUGGAAUACGAGGGGGAUGACGAUGACGAUGACAUAGUUAAAUUAGCUCUAGUUUACUUUAUAGAGAUGUCAUUGUUAGGAAAAGAUAGGCGGACGAAAGUGGACCGAACUUUAUUUAGGAUUGCAGAUGAUUGGACCACAUUUAACAAUUACGAUUGGGGAGGGUUGGUUUUUGGACGUACACUUUCUGCCUUAAAACGAGCCUUGGAACACCUUGAAGUUCAAAAAAAGGGUGAAGAAGGAGACUGCACGGGAGUUGAAGGUCAUGAUGCCCAGACCGAAGAUGUUGACACACCCGGUACACCUUCUUGGUUGAGGAUGCCCAAGGAGGAUGACACAAGUGAUGGGGUGAAACAUGUUGAACGUCAAAAGCAGGGUGUCGAAGCAAACCGCACGGAGGAUGACACAAUGGAUGAGUUGGAUAAGAAGGUUCAUAUUCAUUCGGAGGAGCCAGUAGACGUCGUUGACGAUUUGAACGAGGAAAUUGGAGUAAAAAGUCUUACUUAUUUUGAUUCAGACGUCAUGGAAAUAGAACCAUUAUCCACUGAACGACCACAUGUUCGGCCCGCACGUAGCAAGCGUGCAAGUGUAUACUUGUCAACCCCCUUCACAGCUUUAGAUAAACGGACUACAAAAUCAAUCACCACCACCUCUCAGUCUCAACCAUCCGUCUAUGAUCCUAUGCACAAAAUACCUGACGCCCAUUUAGAUCGACUCAGAGCUUGGAUCACAGACAAGCGUACGAAAGAUGAGGUGCGUGAAACUUUUCACGGGAAAAAAUCGAAGGAGUUUUUCAGAGACUUGUUCAUGUGUCGUCGGUGGUUGGCGGAUGAGGUUAGAACUUUUCUCAUUAUUUCUUAUUUACAGUUUUAGAGC